AAUGACGACAUUAAGCAAACAGUAACCUGCCCCUGGUAUCCGCUUACAUGAGAAUAAAAAUAUGAAUAAUAGUUUUGGCUUGUUUAUCUUGUAAAUCUCACAUGAACACGUAUGGUUCCUUUAUUUCCCCAUGAAACUGUCAGCUUCGGCGGUGUCUGAAAUAGCUACCCUGCUAACUAGCCUCAAAGCCAGGAUUCCAACGCCGGAGACGCUUAUAAACUUUCGCGAUGUUCACAGACAUGGACUAUGAGCUGGAGGAAGACAAGCUAGGGAUCCCGACUGUCCCCGGCACUGUGACCCUAAAGAAGGAUGCGCAGAACCUCAUAGGCAUCAGCAUUGGAGGGGGGGCCCAGUACUGCCCCUGUCUCUACAUAGUACAGGUGUUUGACAACACGCCGGCCGCGCUGGAAGGGACCCUGGCAGCCGGAGAUGAGAUCACCGGGGUGAAUGGAAAACCCGUCAAGGGCAAGACCAAGGUGGAGGUGGCUAAGAUGAUCCAGGCUGUGCAGGGAGAAGCGACCAUUCAUUACAACAAACUGCAGGCUGACCCCAAGCAGGGAAAAUCACUGGACAUAGUUCUGAAGAAGGUGAAGCAUCGGCUGGUGGAGAACAUGAGCUCUGGCACGGCCGAUGCCCUGGGGCUGAGCCGUGCCAUUCUCUGCAACGACGGACUGGUGAAGAGGCUGGAGGAGUUGGAGAAGACGGCGGAGCUUUACAAAGGCCUCAUGGAGCACACCAAACGACUGCUCAGGGCGUUCUUCGAGCUGUCGCAGACUCACAGAGCUUUUGGUGAUGUUUUCUCCGUCAUCGGAGUGCGGGAACCCCAGGCCGCGGCCAGCGAGGCCUUCGUGAAGUUCGCUGAGGCCCACCGCAGCAUCGAGAAGUUUGGCAUCCGUCUGCUUAAGACCGUCAAACCGAUGCUUCAUGACCUGAACACGUACCUGCAUAAGGCCAUCCCAGAUACCAAGUUGACUAUUCGGAAGUACCUCGACGUGAAGUUUGAGUACUUGUCGUACUGCUUGAAGGUGAAGGAGAUGGAUGAUGAGGAGUACAGCUGCAUCGCAUUGGGUGAGCCGCUGUACCGCGUCAGCACAGGCAACUACGAGUACCGACUCGUCCUGCGCUGCCGCCAAGAGGCACGGGCCCGCUUUGCCAAGAUGAGGAAGGAUGUACUGGAGAAGCUGGAGCUGCUGGACCAGAAACACGUCCAGGACAUCGUGUUCCAGCUGCAGCGGUUUGUCUCGGGCAUGUCCCGCUACUACGACGAGUGCUACGCAGUGCUGAAGGAGGCUGACGUGUUCCCCAUCGAGGUGGACCUCUCUCGCACCACAAUCAACUACGGCAGCCAGGCCUCCUCCUACGGUGAUGAGGAUGAGGAGGAGGAGGAGGAAGGGGGGGGAGGAGGAAAGGCUGGUGAGGAGGGGAGUGGAUCUGCCUGUCAGGCAGAGAAUGGAGCGGAGAAGCUCAUUGAUGAUGAAUGAUAGAAGUUAUUAUCUAGGUAAAGUAUUAGCGCCCCUAAUUUGAAGUAGUCACCUGAAAUGAAGUAUUUUUGUACAUAUUCAGCAAUAUCUUGAGCUGGGGAGCUGUAGUGAAGAUUCCAGGAAUGUUAGGGCAGUUCUGCAAAGUUAUCAGACGCAAUGGGACCAUCUGCGGUUUAGCGGUCCAGUCAUGUAACUAGAAGUAAUUACUGCCUCCAAGAUUAGUGAGUGUGCAUCUUACAAAAUUCACCGAAUAUAUGUCACUUGUUGUAAAUAUUGUUUUCCCCCUUAUCAAAUGCAUCAGUACGUUGAUUAAAUCACUGAACGUUUCCGUCCAGUCAGAAUACAGAUGCAGCUAUCACCACAUUUCCUGAGUCUAAGCUACCUCUUGACCACAUUGCUCUGUGGAUCUCGCAGACAUACCUGCGUAAAAGAACAGCUCAGUCAAUCAAUGCUGUUUUUUUUGCUGAAGUUUUUCUUUUUUCCCCCCUAUCCUUGUCUUGCGCAUCUUUACACAUUUACGCUCUGUACAGUGGGAUGUUUGCUAUAAGGUUUGUGGGAUGCUGGGACUUUCAUCAGUCAGGUGUCAGGUGCCUUUUCCUUACAGCACUACUAUAUGAAUGAGAUGUGAAGUUGCCCACCAGCUCUCCAUGUUUUUCCUCCAUCCUGGUUUUUAGUGAUGGACAAAAUGAGCCUUUGUGAAGCAUUUGCUGUAUUUUUUGACCCCACUAGAUGGUGCUGUUGCUAUGCUUUUGGUCAUGCUUUGUGCUCUUUUUUUUUUUUAACAGAGAGCACCAUCUAGUAGAGUCAGAAAAUACAGCAAAUGGUUCACGAAGCCUCAUUCUGUCCAUCACUGCUGGUUUCAUCUGUGGCCCUUUGCCGUCCUUUUGGCACUUUCAUCCCUGCUGGGUGUCGGGUUUGCCUGUCUGUGAAACUGGACUGAUCUGCACUGGUACCACCUAGUUACCUCUAGCAGGGCCAGUUCAUGCCUUUUGGACUCUAAAAUGGCUGAGGGACUUUGAUUGCUGAUGCUGACAUUUCAGUUUUUUUUAAUCAAUAAACAAAGGGAGGGUUAUUUUUUAAUGAUUUGUAAAGCAGGUAACUAAACUGGAAACUUAUUACACUACAACUGUAGCAUGCGUGGCAGGCCUCAGGUAUUGAUGAAUUAUAUAAUAUGUAUCAAUUAUUCAUGUAAACAUGGAAUAAAUACAAUUUAAUUACAGUGCAAUUGCAAGGAUUGUGAAUGAAAUUAUAUGCAUUUUACGUUCUAUCACAACUGAGCAUUUCAAAUGAGGGUGAGGCUGAUUUACAGGGGUUUGUUGUGGAGAUUGAUCCAGUUCUUGCUAACCCUUUGGCAUUUACUGUGCAGUGCCAUUAGGUCAAGUGGAGCAGCACUGCCCCCUGCUGUUUAAUCGGCACCUAUGCCCCACAACAGCUUGCUGACUUUUAAAAUGGCUAAUUGUCACAGCUGUACAGUCGAUUGACUUUUUUCAUUUCAGUUGCACUACUGGACUGUGCAUCCUUAAGGAUGAGUCUGGGGUGCCCUGCAAGGCACUAUUGUUUACCCAAGACUAACAGACUGGAAAGGUUUUAUAUAUUGAAGUUUUGAUGGAAAGAAUUCAUUCUGCACUAAAUUCCUAAUUUCUCUUUCACGUGACAGUUUCUGUGUGGAAUUGCUCCUAUAAAAUUUCCGUCAGUGCACAGCUGAGCGUGUGAGAAUAAAAACCAUGCUGAAUACUUACUGUUUGUGAUUUGUGUUUACAUAAUUUAAAUUUGUCAUACUUUUUAAUAUUGUAAGCUUUUCGGAAGUGUGAUGAGAGUGGUGGGGAAAUUUAAAGAAUUGUUACAUUUCAAAUCAAUGUAUAAAAUAAAAGUAUUUAUGGAUAACAACUGCAUUAGUCUUAUAUUUGCAUGUUUUUUGGGAACUGCAAUAAAAGGUGAUCUUCAUAUUGUUGGAUGUUUGACAUAAUACUAUACAAUAAACAUGCGUAUUUAAGUCUCUG